GUCUCUGGUAGUUUGCCUAAACCUACAAAUAUCACCUUCUUAUCUGUCAACAUGAAGAAUGUCCUGCACUGGAAUCCACCGGAGGGUCUAUGUGGAGAUGAAGUCACAUACACGGUGCAGUAUUUCAUAUAUGGGCAGAAGAAAUGGCUGAGUGCAUCUGAAUGCAGAAGCAUCAGCAGGACCUACUGCGAUCUCUCUGCGGAGACCUCAGACUAUGAACAUCAGUACUAUGCCAAGGUGAAGGCCAUUCGGGAAACCAAGUGUUCCGAAUGGGCUGAAACAGGACGGUUCUAUCCUUUCUUAGAAACACAAGUUGGCCCACCAGAGGUUGCCCUGACAAGUGGCGAGAGGUCCAUCUCUAUCGCCCUGACAGCGCCAGCAAAGUGGAAAAGAAAUCCCACAGAUGACUCUGUUUCUAUGCAACAAGUAUACUCCAAGCUGAGAUACAACGUGUCUGUGUAUGACACUGAAUCCAGAAGAAAGUGGUCACAGUGUAUCACCAACAGCACAUUGGUACUCAGCAGGCUGGAACCGAGCACUCUGUAUUGUGUCCAUGUGGAGUCCUUUGUCCCAGGGCCCCCUCGCCUCACUCAGCCUUCUCAGAAGCAAUGCAUCAGUACUCUGGAAGAUCAAAUGUCAGCACUGAAGGUUAAAGUCAUCUUCUGGUAUGUCUUGCCCACAUCUGUAAUUGUCUUCCUUUUUUCUGUGAUUGGCUACUCAGUUUACCGUUACAUCCACGUUGGCAAAGAAAAACACCCAUCGAAUUUGAUUUUGAUUUAUGGAAAUGAAAUUAAAAGAGUCUUUGAGCCUGCUGAAGCAAUUACACUUAAUUUUAUCACCCUCAAUAUGUUGGAUGAUUCUAAAAUUUCUCAAAAGGAUAUGAGCUUCCUGGAAAAAAGCAGUUAUGGUUCCAACUUGAAUGACCCUGAGUUCAGGGAGAGCCAGGAGCCCCAUCUGGAAGAGGCGGAGGGGCAACAUGUCGGAUACUCUUCCCAUCUGAUGGACAUUGUCUGUAGUGCUGAGCAAAGUGACAGGAAUGCUUGCCUAGCCCGUCAUGAGUGGCUCAGCAGCACCAUGCCCACAGGGGAGGCAGAUGCUGAACAUGAGUAUAGUGUCCCAGAUGAUUUCUACAGGCAUUGUGAAGACCACCAACUCUGUGGGCAGGAAGAGGCAUCCAGAACAGGGGAAUUAUCUGAGCCUCAGGCAGCUUUAGCAAACUUAGGCCCACCUCUUGAAGACCUACAUCACCUGGGACAGGAGCAUCUGGGCGCAGAAGAGGGGCCAGAGGAAGAGCCAUCCACAACACUGGUGGAUUGGGACCCUCAAACUGGCAAGCUGUGCAUCCCUUCCUUACCUAGCUUUGGCCAGGAUCUUGUGGACUAUGGACUUUAUGAGAGAGACCGGCUCUCAGAGGAUGGUUUUUUGUCUAGAUUCUUUGAGAACCAGGCAGAGGAUGAAAAUGAAAACUAUCUCAUACAAUUUAUGGAGGAAUGGGGUUUACAUGUACAAAUGGAAAGCUAAACCUGAAUUUCUGUUGACUGACAUCUCCAGUGGUGGGGCAUGUGCCUGUCAACAAAUGAACCAUUCCAGUGAGUGAACCAUGGAGACGAGUAGGUCAACCUGUGUUCAGAUUCCCAGACAUGGCUUUCUUGUCUGUGUUCAUGCACUUGGUUGGCCCUGCCUCCUCCAGGUGGUUGACUUCUACAGGACCAUCAUCCCAAUCCAUAGCAAAUCCUGGAGUACAGGAACUUUCUGGAAUACAGAGCCCUGAGCUUUGUUGUAGACAGAGUAAGCAUCUCCAGGUGGAAUGGAGACUUUCUACAGGAGCUUACACUGUGGACAUGGUUUAUCAUUUUCUAACAAGUA